CGACUUUUGAACUAUCCCUUCCGGCGACUGAGGACAGGUCGUUUCUUGAGAAAAAUCGCAUUACCUCUCGCCUUAUAAUUUGUCCACUCUAAACCAGAGUCUCAUCUCAGUCAAUAAAGACGUAAAAUAGACGGGUUGGAGAAAGAGACGCCAAAACAGAGAACUCAGAGAUAAUGGCGGAUCAAAUAUUAGCUUCUCUCAGGUCUCUUAUGGCCUCUCACUCCCCCCCACUCGAUGCUUUGGUCAUUCCUUCUGAAGACUAUCAUCAGAGCGAGUACGUCUCCGCGAGGGAUAAAAGGCGCGAAUUUGUAUCUGGGUUCACCGGAAGUGCUGGUUUGGCUCUUGUACUGGCAAAUGAGGCAUUACUAUGGACAGAUGGGCGGUACUUUUUGCAGGCCGAAAAACAGCUUAGCAACCAGUGGAAGCUCAUGCGUAUGGGGGAAGACCCAGCAGUCGACAUCUGGAUGGCUGAUAAUCUGCCAAAUGAUGCAGCCAUUGGUAUUGACCCUUGGUGUGUGUCUGUCGAUACUGGUAAAAAAUGGGAGCAUGGUUUUGCCAAGAAACAGCAAAAACUGAUUAAAACAACCACAAACUUAGUAGAUGAAGUCUGGUCGAAUAGACCACCACCUGCGGCAAAUCCUGUUGUGCUUCAUCCAUUGGAAUUUUCUGGUCGUUCCGUUGCGUGGCUUUAUAAUAUCCGUGGGGAUGAUGUUUCCUAUAGCCCUGUCGUUCAUGCAUAUGCUAUAGUAACAUUAGUUGCAGCUUUCUUGUAUGUGGACAAGAGAAAGGUGUCUUCUGAGGUCAGCUCUUAUAUGGAGAAAAAUGGUAUAGAAGUGAGGGAUUAUGGUGAUGUGAGCUCAGAUGCAGCCUUGCUUGCAUCCGACAAGCUUAUCUUGACCAGUUUAGCUAAAGAAGGGGUUGAUAUUCCAUUGAACACUACAACAGGGAAUGAUGACUCUGCAGAAGAGAAGAAAAAUGACCUUGUAUGGGUUGAUCCCGGAUCAUGCUGUUUUGCUUUGUACACAAAACUGAAUCCGGACAAAGUUUUUCUUCAAUCGUCACCUUUGGCCCUCGCAAAAGCCCUAAAGAAUCCCGUUGAGAUUCAAGGACUGAAGAAUGCACACAUUCGGGAUGGGGCUGCUGUUGUGCAAUAUCUUGUUUGGCUGGACAAGCAGAUGCAGGAAAUUUAUGGGGCUUCUGGUUAUUUCUUGGAAAGCGAGGUCCAAAACAAAGAUAACCCGAUAACCACAAAACUUACAGAAGUGUCCGUAAGUGAUAAGCUAGAGAGUUUCCGUGCGUCUAAAGAGCAUUUUAGGGGGUUGAGUUUUCCGACCAUCUCGUCAGUAGGUCCAAAUGGGGCAAUCAUACAUUAUGGUCCUGAGGCAGAAACAUGUGCUGAACUCGACCCGAAUAGUAUCUAUUUAUUUGAUUCGGGAGCUCAGUAUCUAGAUGGAACAACCGACAUUACUCGGACUGUUCAUUUUGGAAAACCCACGUCACAUGAGAAAGCAUGUUAUACUGCGGUUCUGAAGGGUCAUAUUGGCUUGGGUAAUGCUCGAUUUCCCACUGGAACCACUGGUCAUAUCCUAGAUGUUCUUGCACGGCUUCCUUUGUGGAAAAAUGGUCUUGAUUACAGGCAUGGGACCGGCCAUGGAAUAGGGUCUUUCCUGAAUGUUCAUGAAGGUCCUCAUCAAAUCAGUUUCAGGCCAGCUGCUCGGAAUGUGGCACUACAACCCUCAAUGACUGUGACAGAUGAACCUGGUUACUAUGAAGAUGGGAACUUUGGCAUAAGAUUGGAGAAUGUGCUUGUUGUAAAAGAAGCUGAUACAAAAUUCAAUUUUGGCGGCAAGGGCUACCUGUGUUUCGAGCAUAUAACAUGGGCGCCAUAUCAGAAGAAGUUAGUGGAUGUUAGCCAGCUCGUGCCUGAAGAAAUUGAAUGGUUGAACAAUUACCACUCCAAAUGCAGGGAAGUCUUGGCCCCAUAUUUGAAUACCUCAGAGAUGGAGUGGCUGAAGAAAGCUACUGAACCUAUUGCUUCUUGAUCCAUGUCAACAUUCUGUCUCUACUUCCGAGCAUCAUUUCAAGAUGGUGCUCCCGCUCUUUCUCCAUAUAGUUAUUGUUUCGGCUCUUGGGGGAAUUUAAGGGACCUGGAAUAAAAUUUAUGGUUGGCUGUUUAUUGGGGCUGGUUGUUUGGAAUAAAAUUUAUGGUUGGCUGUUUACUGGGGCUGGUUGUUU